UGUUGAAAUGAAUGUGCCACCGCUGUAGCAAGGAGCGUGUGCACGUGCACCUCAAGGCUGAUGCCGAAGACCCAACUACAUGCAACUGCUUAUUCCAGACUUGCAUCAGGUUGUUUUGAUCGUAUUUUAAUCAGUGACAUGCUUUUGCAUCUGUGGUACUUGAUUAAAGAAGUUAAUUAAUUUGGUUUGCGGGAAUGCGAGCGUCAGGAUGGAGGUGCGCGGAGGCCGAUGAUCAGCGGAGCACCGCGCAGUUGAUGGACGAUUGGCAGAGAGGAAGGACCGUGAGUGUAUGUUUGGAUGCGUUUUCAUCCCAUGUGAAAUGUACCUUCCUUGGCGCUGACCCCACUGUGCCAAGAACACGUGUACGAUGUGAGGAUAUCAUUAAACCACGAGAUAGACACGUAAGAGUGCGAUGGGGAAGACCCGUGAGUGUGGCAGCAAGGCGUGUGUUGGGGCAAGCAAGGACCCCCGAGCACUGCGGCAAGUGUUCGUGAUGUGAAGGGACUGCACGGAAACCAGGCCAGCUUAUUGUAACCCAAUGGCGCUGAAACACUACUUGGCCUGGACCGUGAUGCUGGCAGCCCUUCCGGGGGCCACAACACAGUGUAACUCUUGUAUCGUUGAUGUGGGCAUUGACGACGCGCUGGGAUUUCUGGACCCCAACCUGUGCUGUGACGAGCUGGAUUACCCUUUCACCUUUCUGGCACACUUCAGCGCCAACCAGCACAACAUAACUUUUCACCUGCACGAGUAUUACCUACUGGAUACACAGGUACGGGUGUGUCAGAGUGUUUUCUAUGACUUACAUGACAACUACUUCUACGUUGCCGACGACUACGCCAUCGAGAGCUACUGCUUGGACGACUACCCGAUACGGUGCCUCCCUGACGAGUUACGCAACCUCAGCUUCAGAUCGUGGAGUGAAGACGGGGUCCUCAACAUCACGGUCCUGACCAAGCCUCGUCCUGUCCUCCAAACACAUGGUCCUUACGCCAAGAGACCCAUCUUCAACAUCACUUUUGAGCGCCGACGAACGGGCGAACCCGCCCUCAUUGCUGACGGAGUAAACAUCUCCAACCUUGACAUGUGCAGCUUCAAUGGCUACCCAGUGUUGAUCCCUGAGGCAAACCGGUCAAGACUAUUCACCUUCAAGUGCCAGUGUGUGGGUGACGCCUAUGGCAGCAACUGUCAGUGGGGAGGAGAAUGCCACGCACACAAUCGCAACAACCUCUGCAGUACACACGGAGAAUGCAGGUACUACAGAGGCAGCAUCAAGUGUAUGUGUGACAAGAAUCACUUUGGCUACAGGUGUGAACAUCACAUAUCCAGUGGCCAGCCUCUGCAGUCAUCAGCUUGUAGAGAAAUGGGAUUGGAGUGCAGCCACUUGUGUUCCUUAGUGAAGGAGCCACACUGCCUAUGUCCCCCACACCUGGUGCUACACAACUCCACACACUGCAUCCCUCGAGCCCAGCUGGUGGACGUGACCGUGCAGCUUGUGGAAAGCCCCCACCACUUCCCCCUAGACCAGGUCAAGGAGCUGCUGAGGGAAGCCUGCAUCACAAUGGUGAAUGCCAGCUAUGAGGAUAACAGUAAGGAGUUUCACUUCGCAAUGAACAAGUAUCAGAGAAACUGCCUCCCUGAGAAGAGCCAGUGGGAAGCUGUACUGAAGUCUUCUGUCAACCUCAGCCUCCCCAAGCAAGAUUUUCUUUGGCCACUCAACAAAUCCGUGGAAGAAGGAAACCUGGUGCUGAAGUGCACAGUGUAUACAUCAUUGCUUCCUGUCAAUGUGUCCUUCUUCAUUGGGCAGCACCAAAUAUUCAACAGUGAAGUAGAGUCAUGCUAUGGCUAUUACCAUGACAAAGUAAUGACUUCCUGGCUUGAGAAAGAUGACUCCAUAGACACUACUUGUUCCUAUAAUAACAUCUGUACCAACAACACAAUUUGCACCAUCACGCUUAAGGCGGGAGGGAUAUGAUCCUGACCUGGACUGGGGAAAAUUCAGUGUGGAAGUCAGCCAGGGCAACACCAGCACUCAACAAUCAGUGGUGGUGGAUGGUGACCCUCGCCUGGUGGUGGUGGUGCAGCCGCCCAGUGCUGCUGUGAACAAGAGUGGCAACACCACCUUAAUAUGCACACUUGUAGGGGACUGGAAAUGGAAUGAGGACUGUGAAAUCAAGUGGGUAUUCCCUGUGGAUAGUGGUGUCUUUGAAGUAGAGGACGCCUGCAUGUGAUAUAUCAUAUUUGUACAUAAAGCACCUA